AUGUCUGACGCGCCGCCGCAAAUCAAUCUCGACAAGAACGACUUGCCAGCACUUGACGAUCUGGAUCCCUCCGCACCCGUCAACGCCGACAUCCUUACCAACGGUGCCUCAGACCACAGCCAGCAGCAACCCGCUACCAGCACCAGCACGACUUCCACAAAGGAUAGCAUCAUAAACUCUGCACAGAACGCAAUGGCCGCCGUUUCGAACCACCCGACUACUCAAAACCUCAAAAAUGGUCCUGUCGCCCAAAAUGUCAAGGCAGAGACUGCAAAGACAAAGAACGAAUUUGCCGACCUCGCCAACGCCCGUCAAACGCCUGAUGAGCCUGCUGCGACCGGACAGCCCUUGACCCACUACCACAGCUUGUUCUAUCGCCUUCUCAGCUGGAGGAACCCUCGCGCUACCGCCAUCUCGUUCGCCGCCUCCGUUCUCUUCAUCUUCGCCGCUCGAUACCUGAACGUGAUCCGUUACAUCUUCAAGGCUUUGUACCUCACAUUGGGUGCAACUGCCACCGCCGAGGUCGCCGGAAAGCUUGUUUUGGGCCGCGGAUUGACCUCUCAGUUCCGCCCCAGGACAUACUUCACUAUUCCCAAGGCUUCUCUUGAGCGCCUUCUCGACGAUGUGGAGCAGUUCAUCAACUUCUUCGUCAUCGAGUCGCAAAGGAUCGUCUUCGCCGAGAAUGUCUACGCUACGGGCGCAGCUUUCUUCGCUUCUUUCAUCUCCUACUUCCUCAUCAAGUUCGUGCCACUCUGGGGAUUGAGCUUGAUUGCCACUACUGUUGCGUACUUGGCUCCCCUGAUCUACAUCAAGAACAAGGAGGUCAUUGAUGCACACCUCGAGAAGGCCAGCAGCUUGGCCAGCCAGCAAGCCGCACAGGUUCGUGAUCUGGCUGCACAACAUACCGGACAGGCUGCGAAGACCUUCCAGACCUAUGCCGGCGAGUACACCCACAAGGCACAGGAGACCUUCAACCAGUACCGUGGCCGCUCUGCCUCACCCGAGGUCAAGAAGGAGGAUUUCCCCGUUGCCCCCAAGCAUGAGCCAGCUCCCGAGACCGCCGCUGUUCCCGAGCCUGCUAUCUAA